GCCUCAUUUAUGUCCACAGUUUCGUAGAGAAGGCACUGGUAGAUAUACUGAUCACUCAUCUCCCAGGUGUAUGGGACAUACCAACAUCGGUUAAAGCUGUCAAUUUACAAGAAGGAACCGCGGCAGUUCUGCAAAUUUUAUUUGCUUUUGCAUCGGAUGUCUAUCUGGGCCGCGUCAAAAUGGUGGUUUACUCCACCAUAUCUUACAUCAUUGGAUUGCUGCUCAUCUGGAAUGCGGCCAGGCACGGAAGUAGAGAUAUUCGAACGUUCUACUUGGCACUGGUGCUAAUAAAUCUGGCAAAAGCUGCAAAAGGGGUAUCCUUGAAAGCGUUUCUUGAUGAUCAAUUCUUGGCGAAGGAUAUCGCAACCACAGAAGAGGAUAAAGAACGACAACAUAGCCGUAGCAAUGCCUGGUGGCGCUCUGCAUCCAUCUUGGGUGCUAUUGCUGCUGCUUUUUUCCCGAGUUCAUUGACGAUGCUUUCUGUGAUCUCAGCAAUUUCAAUGAUGGUUGCAUACUCGUGGUUCUGGUUAGGUGCAAAAUUUUACGAAUGCAGUCCACCAACAGGCAGCGCCAUCUCUGAUGUUCUAUUUGUUAUCAAAACAGCAAUACUAAAAAGAAAUCUUCUAUAUGCAACUACUCCGGAGCAGCUCUUCCAAAAUUAUAAAGGUGUUACACAUAUUGAGCGUAGCAUUUCAUGGUUGAGGUGGUUAGACAAAGCUCCCAUUGUGAUUGAAGAGGAAAAUAGGCCAGACAAGAAUUGCACAGUUGCACAAGUGAAGGAAGUGAAAUUUUUAUUAGGGAUGGUUCCUAUGUGGACAACUUUCCUUACAUACAGUCUGGUUUAUGCGACAGGAAGCACCUUCUUUUUCCAACAAGCUCGCAACCUAAAUAAAAAUUUCCCUAUUACUUUUUUCAAUAUAUUAGUAACAGUCACAAGCAUUGCAAUUGAAUAUCUAUGCGACAUUUUAAUUCGAAAAAUUGGUAGUGAAAUGGACAAACAACUCAUAAUGCAGGUGAGAAUCGGUAUUGGAAUGGCAUUUUCUGUCAUUUGUUGCAUAUUUGCUUGGAAAAAUGCAGUUCACUGGCUGUAUUUGGUCAAGAUAUACAGUGAGCCAAGUAUACAUAUGGAUAUUUUUAGCCUAACUCCACAAUUUAUCUUCUUGGGAGUUAUGGAAGGACUUUCGGUAGGUGGGCUUCAAAAUUUCUUUUGUUCUCAGGUUUCUAAAUCUCUAAGGAACUACAAAACACCAUUUGGAGAAUGUGUGAUAGGCAUCGGAAAGUUUCUGAGUAUACUUUUUAUCCUCAUUUUCAGUAGAUGGUUUGGGCAUGAUAUAGAUUCAAGCCGUUUGGACAAGUAUUAUGCGAUGCUGACACUUCUAAGUUUUGUUAACUUACUUAUCUACUGGUUGGUUGCGUAUUGGUACGGAGAUGAUCAAUUUUCACCCGAACCACUCAUAGAAGGUGCACAAGAUAGUAUUGGAUCAGACGCCCAAUAA